CGGGGCGGGGCGAUACGUCGAGGGCUUGCGGGGUGGGCUGCAGACUCGUCCCGGUGGCGGUGAGCGUCCAGGGUCCUCGCCAUGGGCCAGAUCGAGUGGGCCAUGUGGGCCAACGAGCAGGCGCUGGCGUCGGGCCUGAUUCUCAUCACAGGGGGCAUCGUGGCCACUGCUGGGCGCUUCACACAAUGGUACUUUGGCACCUACUCCAUCGCUGCUGGUGUGUUCAUCUGCCUGCUGGAGUACCCCCGGGGGAAGAGGAAAAAAGGAUCCACCAUGGAGCGGUGUGGACAGAAGUACAUGACCUCAGUGGUGAAGCUGUUCGGGCCCCUCACCAGGAAUUACUACGUUCGGGCUGUCCUCCAUCUCCUGCUGUCAGUCCCGGCAGGCUUCCUCCUGGCCACUAUCCUGGGGACUGCCUGCUUGGCCAUCGCCAGCACCAUCUACCUGCUGGCGGCCAUCCGUGGUGAGCAAUGGAUCCCCAUUGAACCCAAGCCCAAGGAGCGGCCACAAGUUGGAGGCACCAUCAAGCAGCCACCCACCAAUCCCCCGCCCCGGCCACCUGCAGAGGUUCGCAAGAAACCAAGUGUGGAGGAGGAGGGGGCUGGAGGCCCCCAGGUCAACCCCAUCCCAGUGACAGAUGAGGUUGUGUGACCUUGGGGACUGUCCACAGCUUCAGCUUGGCGGGGGGUGGGGGGUGGCUACCAGGGGGCACUGAUGCCCCCUGUAAUAAACAGUGUGAAUGACUGAUGUGCA